GGUUGGGGGGAGGUCCCUGGGCUGCCAUGGGGCCGGGCAGGCUGCAGGGACACCGUGGGGCUGGGCUGGGCGCCGUGGGGCCGGGCUGUGGGGCAGGCGGCACCGUGAGGCCACGUGUCCCCCCCCCCCCCCCCGGCACCACCACAGUGGCCCUUUGUGCCGGUCCCGCGGUGCCAGGCGCCGGGGGGGGGGGGGGGGGGGACACGUGGCCCCACACGUCACCUGCCCCACACGUCCCCCUGCCCCACACAUCCUGCCCCACACGUCCCCCGGCCCCAUGGGCGAGCAGGAGGCAGCUGGGGCCUUUGACCUGGGGGGGCUGCGGACUCCCAAGGGGCUGCUGCUGAGCGCCGAGCUGGCGCUGGCCGUGGGGCUGCUGGGGCUCCUGGCCCCCCCGGGCGCCCCCACGCUGGCCCCGGUGCUGCUCCAGGCCCUGGCCGGGGCGGCGGCACUUGGGGGGCGGCUGCUGCGUCACCCCCCCCGGCUGCCCCACGGCGCCUGCCUGGACUUCCUGCGGGCCGCCAGCGGGACCCUCGUCUUCCUGGUGACGGCGCUGGCGGCCAUCGCCGCCUCCCGGGACGCCCUGGCCGCCACCACCUUCACCUUCGGCCUCGUCCUGGCCGCCCUCUUCGCCUUCGACGCCUUCGUCACCUUCCGCAGCGACUUGGCUCCGGCCGCGGGAGGCGACCCCGACACGGAGUCGGCGUAGCCGGAACGACCCCCCCCGUCCCCCACCGCCCCCCACAACCCCCCCCGAGCCCCACAACUGCCCCACAACCCCCUCCCCGACCCCACGGGCACGAUAUAAAUCGCUUUUGCGACUGA